AUGAAUCAAGAGACCAACAACAACGGGGCCUUAUUGGCACCGUCGCCGUUCUACCGGCGUGCUUCUUCGCCCAGUUCGCAAGCCUUAAACCUUCGACGGCGCAAGAUCGAGAUCGAAGUGGUUGACAAAGGCCCCAAGGGCCCGACGUGGCAGUUCCCGGGAUUCGGUACAUCGGAGCAUGUACUGGUUCCUGAAGUGGAGCUCGCCGACAUCCAAGUCGAGCUCGACAAGCCUCGCACGUUUCUCGGGGAACUUCCCGCGACCGCCAUCUGCGGCAACGAUAUCCUGUCCAGCGUGCUGUACUCGGCGUCGUCGGUGGCCGCGAAAUCCGGCAAACUCAUGCCCAUUCCUCUGAUCAUGGUGUCGGCCGUGCUGUUCUCGUUCCGUUUCAUCUACGAAGAAGUCGUCACCGCUAUACCUAUGAACGGAGGUACUUACAACGCACUACUUAACACGACGUCCAAGCGCACGGCAGCCCUCGCAGCGUGUCUGAGUAUUUUAUCCUACCUGGCGACGGGUGUGGUUUCCGCGACGUCGGGUGUGCGCUACCUCAACAACCAGGUGGAGAUCCCUAUCGUCGGAUGUACGAUCAUCCUACUCGGAGCUUUUGCUCUCCUGUCCGCUUUGGGUACAGCCGAAAGCUCACGCGUGGCUGUGGUCAUUUUCCUGCACCAUAUCAUCGUGCUCAGUAUCCUCUUCGUGUCGUGCAUAGUCUACGGUGUUCAACAUCCUCAUGUCUUCAGCGACAACAUGCACUCCGAGUUACCCGAGGUGGAUUUCGCGGGUUCCAUGCUCGAUGGCAACGUGUUCACGUCCAUUUUCUUCGGAUUUGGUGCUUCCAUGUUGGGUAUCACGGGGUUUGAGUCGUCGUCGAACUACGUCGAGGAACAGGCUCCGGGUGUCUUCCGGAAGACUCUGCGCAACAUGUGGGCACUCGUCACUUUUUUCAACAUUGGCUUAGGGACUGGGAUUCUGGCUGUGCUCCCGUUAGGAGGUGACGACGGCAUCUACGCACACGGCGAUGCCUUGCUGGCAAAGGUGGGGCAUGUGGCUGUGGGGAGCUGGUUCGAGACGUGGGUUUGCGUGGAUGCUUUCGUUGUCCUGUGCGGUGCUGUAUUGACGUCGUACGUCGGUAUCUGUGGUCUCGUUCAACGUUUAUCAAGCGACAGAGUGUUGCCGGCAUUCCUGGCCAACAAGAACAAACUGCGCGGCACCAACCACAACAUCAUCGGCAUUUACUUCCUACUGGCAUCCAGUCUUGUGUUGAUCUUGAAUGCGGAUGCCUCUACUGUCAACGGGGUCUACACGUACGCGUUCCUCGGUCUGAUGGCAAUGUUUUCAUGCGCCUGUAUGCUGCUCAAAGGCAAGCGUUCCGAGAUUCCUCGAGAUAUCCACGCGUCGUGGUCGGUCGUUAUCGUCGGGUUCCUACUUGUCGUGGUGGGCAUUUUCGCGAACCUAUUGGGCGAUCCGUCCGUACUCAUGUACUUUGCUAUCUACUUCAUCGUCGUGAUGCUCGUGAUCUUCGUCAUGUUCGAGCGCGUCACGAUCCUUCGCGUUGUUCUGGUGUUUUUGCAGAGCGUAGCGCCGUCUCGAAUGGGGAAGGAGAUUAUCGUCGGUAUGGUGGAGGAUGGAACACCUGAAGUGGAGCACACUGGUGCGCGUGGAGGACGCACUAUUGCACGUACUAUUGUGAGCAUCCGCAACGCUCCCAUUGUCUUCUUCUGCAAGGUGCCCGACCUGACUAUUAUCAACAAGGCCAUCAUCUACGUGCGUCGUAACGAACAGACCCACACGCUGCGCAUUGUGCACGUGUUCACGGACGAAGAGGCCGAUGCACCGGUGCUCACAGCGUUCCGUGAGAUGGCUGCGUUGUUUGACAGCAUGUACCCGAAGAUCCGAGUGGAUUUCGUGUCGGUGCAAGGUGAGUUCUGUCCGGCGAUGAUCGAGUGGUUGUCGCGCUCGAUGAAUGUGCCGCGCAACAUGAUGUUCAUCACACAGCCAGACAUUUUGUCGGCGGAGCGCGUGUCGACGGCCGGUGUGCGCGUGAUCACUGCGUAG